UGACCCGAACAAUAGUAUGUUUUAUCCUUACAAUAUAAAGAAAUAUUAAUGGGGCCUCCGGCCAGGUUGACCAGCCCCAUAUAUAUAUAUCUUAAUGUUUAUUAUUAUUUUCUAUUUUUGAAUAGAAUGCUUAAAGGUGCAAUGAAAGUUUCAAUUUUAGCAAUGCUUCUUUCACUUAAAACUGAUCAUGAAUAUACAUUAGUACUUAUUUGUGCUAAUAAACCAAAUGUAACAUUAUUAAAUGAUAUUUGUCGAGAAUUAACUAUUGAAUUGAAUAAACAAAUAACUUCUUCAAAUCAAGUAGAUUCUACUAAACAAGAAUCAAUUUCAAAUACUUAUCAAGUACAAGCACAUGUAUUUGAUGCUUGUUUAACUGUUAAAUCUAACCAUUUACCUCAACAUACUAUUCGAAUAAUAUUAACAACACCAGUAUUUCAUAGUGAAAUUUUUUUUCAUCUCGAUGAAAAAACUAAUGAAAAAGCAGCAGAAUUAAAUCCUGAUCCAAUAGAUAUGCUUAACAAAAAUAAAUGUUUACAAGCAGCAGCUGAAAUAUGUCAUUCCAAUUGGUUUACACGAUGUAUGUUUAAUCAUAAUAAUAAUUUAAUUGUUCUUCGACUUUUACGUCAUUUACAAUACAUUCAAACUCCAUUAUCAUAUCUUAAUCUUUGGUGUCUUGUAUUACUUGUUCAUAAAUGUCAAUUUCAACCAAUAAAUUCAAUUACAACACUUUUUCGUGCUGUAUUUACUUGUUUAAGUUGUGGUAUUUUAUUGCCAAAUAAAGUUGGUCCAGGUAUUAUUGAUCCAUGUGAAAAAGAUCUUGCUGAUGCUGCUGAUUAUUUAACUAAUGAACAACGUUCAAAUAUAACAAUUUAUGCUCAAAAUAUUGUUCGUUUAAUUGCUUUUGAACAAUUUGAUAAAAUAUUUUCUCGUGAUCCACAAUUCUCGAUUAGGCAUUAA